AUGACGACGGAGAGGGAGAGAAUCCCGCUACCGGUGACGGGUGGUCUGCUGGACGCCAACGGCGGCACGCGCGAGGCGCUGCUCGAGGAUGCGAGCGCGGACCUGAGCGAUGGCAUCGCCUAUCGCGGUGGCGCGGUCGAGCGCGCGAUGUUCGCGCUGCCGUUCGUGACGUCGAUGACGAUGAUAUCGUUCGUUUUGUUUUGGGGCGCGCGAGUGAGCCCGUUUCUGACGGUGCUGUUCGUGUGCGGGUACGUGAGUUACGGUUGGGUGAAGGGACUUCACAGCGGGUUCAGCGCGUUGGCGUUUGGAAUUCCAUUCCUGCACGCCUAUAAGGCGGCGGAUUGGCACAAGCUAGGCAAUGAUGCGACACAGCGAGCGCCAGUGCGAGAUAGAUUUUUCGGCGGCGUCGGUCGUGCGUACAAGGAGACUGGGCCCGCGUUGGUUGGCGACGCGGAGCACACGUGGAGAAGCGGCAUCGACGGCGAGAUGAAGCGCGGGCUCACGGCAAAGUUCAACGACAUCGUGCACAUUUGCGUCAUUCCGACGUAUAAGGAGCCAUUAGGAACACUUAGAAAGACUGUUGGGACGCUCGCUGCGCAAACGUGCGCGAAGGAGCGAUUGAUUGUAGUGCUCGCGACGGAGAGCCGAGACAGCGAGGCGCCCGGAAAGGUCGCUGAGCUCAUCGAUGAGUUCGGAUCAGGGCUUCUUGGGCUGCGAUACACCAAACACGUUCUCGCACCGGGUGAAGCCGUGGGAAAGAGUUCCAACUGCGCGUGGUCGGUUCGCUGCGUCAAGAGGGAAUAUGUGGAGAAGCGAGGUCUGGCGCCGGAGCAAAUCAUGCUCACCGUGUGCGAUGCGGACACCUACUUUGAUCCGCAGUUCAUGGACUGCCUGGCUUACAACCACGUUCAGAACCCGAAACCGUAUAACGCGACGUAUCAGGCUUCGGAGACCUUUUUCCCGAACAUCUGGAAUGUGCCGAUCAUCAUCCGCAUCAAGGCUGUGAUUGACAGCGUCGGGUUUCUCGGGCAGCUCGCUUCUCCGUUUAGCCACCCAUUCCCAUUCGCUAUUUAUUCUCAAUCCCUUCGAACUUCGAUGGAAUGCGGCGGGUGGGACGUUGAUAUCAUUCCCGAGGACUGGCAUCACUACCUGAAGUGCUGGUUUAAGAAGGAUGGCGACUUUAGAGUCGUGCCGAUCUUCAUGGUGAUGGGAAAUGACGCAAUCGAGGAGCGCAACUGGAACGAGGCCAUCAAGGCUCGAUACAUUCAAGCGAAGAGACACGCCUGGGGGGCGAUUGAUCUAUCCUACAUAGUCAUGAAUUACCUUGAAAAGAGCGACAGGGUCUCUUUCUGGAGAACGACGAAACUUUACAUGCACGCCGCCGAGCACCACAUCUCGUGGACUCUGUUCUGGUUCACUUGUAUGUUGGGUGGGUUGUGCUCCACUUGGGCGAACCCGGUCCUGGAGACGUAUCCGUUCGGGAUUGGCUUACGAAUGAUGACGGUGAUUGUCUUCAUACCGAUGAGCUUCGCGUGUUGGUUCAUCGUCAUCUGCGAAUUUUAUAUUCGUCUCUUUAUCAUUCACGACCGUGAGCACUUUGAGUGCAACACGGCGCCGAUGUGGUGGCAACUCAUGAGCCAGUGUCAGUGGUUCCUCAUGCCCCUGGCCGACAUGAUGUUUGGUUCUUUCGCUGGGUUGGAGGCACAGUUCCACAUGGCGAUCAAGCCUAGCAUGAAGUACGAGGUGUCCGCCAAGGUUGCCAAGAAAAAGGCGCUCAUCGUGGAGGACGCGUCGGUGCCGGACUCGCCCUCCAUGUACGAUCGAGGUACCAAUGGUUCAGCCAACACGGCGUUCAACGGUAAGCUUUGA